AUGGCUAAUCAGGAAAACAAGUCCUCUGUGUACAUAUUCAUGAUUGUUGGAUUAUCUGAGUCUGAAGAACCUCAGCCUCUCCUCUUCCUCCUCUUCCUCUGUAUCUACCUGGCCACUGUGAUUGGCAACAUAGUGAUUCUAACCCUGAUUUCCUCGGACCGGCGACUGCACACGCCAAUGUACUUCUUCUUGGCCAACCUCUCCAUCAAUGAUAUCAUCCUCUCCUCUAUUACUGUCCCCAAGCUCCUGCAUAUCCUCCUCACAGCUCAGAAGUCCAUCCUCUACUCCGAAUGUGUCACCCAACUCUUUCUUUUCCAGUGCUUUGUGGAGAUUGAGUGCUACCUUCUGGCAGCGAUGGCCUAUGAUAGAUAUGUGGCUAUCUGCUUCCCACUCAAUUACGUACUUAUUAUGAGUAGAGAAGUCAGGUUCAAGUUGGUCAUAGCUUGCUUAUCAUGUGGUCUUGGGAACUUGAUUGUGCAAACUUUUUCCAUCUCCCAUCUUCAGUUCUGUGGUCCCAACAGAGUGGACCAUUUCUUCUGUGAUGUCACUCCUCUCUUCAAUUUGGCCUGUUCGGGAAAACAAGUUGGUGAGGUUAUGUCUUUUAUAGUCGCAGUAAUCACUGGGGUGGUGCCACUGGCUGUCAUUGUGGUAAGCUAUGUCUGGAUCAUCGCUGCAAUUGCAAAGAUUACCUCCAGUCGAGGUCGCUUUAGGACCUUCUCCACCUGCUCCUCUCAUUUCACAGUGGUGACUCUGUAUUUCACUAGUGGGACCAUCUGCUACAUCUGGCCGUUAUCCACUUAUGCCAUGGACAAACAUGUCAAGGUGGUGGCUGUAUUGUACGCUAUUUUGACUCCCAUGUUGAACCCCAUUAUUUACAGCCUGAGAAACAAAGAUGUAAAGCAAGCGAUAAGGAAGGCGUUGGGGUACAAGGGAGUAGAUUAA